ACAGACAGACAGACAGACAGACAGACAGACAGACAGACAGACAGACAGACAGACAGACAGACAGACAGACAGACAGACAAAUAGACAGACAAAUAGACAGACAAAUAGACAGACAAAUAGACAGACAGAUAGACAGACAGAUAGACAGACAGAUAGACAGACAGAUAGACAGACAGAUAGACAGACAGAUAGACAGACAGAUAGACAGACAGAUAGACAGACAGAUAGACAGACAGAUAGACAGACAGAUAGACAGACAGAUAGACAGACAGAUAGACAGACAGAUAGACAGACAGAUAGACAGACAGAUAGACAGACAGAUAGACAGAUAG